CGCUUGACUUGCAGCACUUGCAGCGCUCGAACUAUCGGAGGUUAGAAUAGUGAAAUAUUUCAUUGAGAAAAACGUUUUAAAAAAUUGUUAAAAGUGAUAAAAAAUUGGAUUGAUUGAGUGAACAGCAAUAGGUGGGUACGAGGACCCAGAGGCUGGACGUGGGGAAUCAGUCGAAGUCUUCGCAAAUCGGUUGACUUUACAAUAAAGAAUUCAUUACAGAAUAUAAAACACUUCAGAAUGGCUGAAGAGAUGACUGAAGACUCGCUGUCACUGCAGCAUAAGAAGGAACGUAAGGAAUUGCAAGCACAAAUUCAAACCCUCAAAAAGUCAAUUUCCAAAGGAGACAAGAAGAAGAAACGAGAAGUAACUGAGGAGAUAAUGAGGAUGGAGUCAGAUCUGGACAGACGUCAGGAAGAGGAGAUGAUGAAUUUUAGGUUGUCGCAGGUGACAGUGACAGGAUUGCCAAGUGAGACUGUGAUUCUCCCUGAGGAAGACGACAAUGAGGAGAAGGGUGAGGACGUGGAGCCUGUGCAGAGGAUCUCCAAGGCCCAGAAGAGGCGGGAGAAGAAGGCGCAGGCGGAGAGGGAGAGGAACGAGAGGAUUAUCGAGCAGGAGGCGUUGAACGUCUUCGGGAAGAGGAACAUAGAGACCCAGGCGAUCAAGAAGAUGCUGGGGGAACGGAAUCUUACGCUGUAUGAGAUCCCCAGUGAUGGCCAUUGUUUAUAUAAUGCAGUUGCCCAUCAAUUAAAACUUAUCGAUGACAUACCACUCGGUCUACAAGAUUUACGAACGAAAACAGCUGUUCAUCUUCGUGAAAAUAUGAAUGAUUUCCUUCCAUUUUUGUCGAAUCCAGACUCUGAGGAAUUGUUCUCACCUGAACAAUACGAAAAAUACUGUGAUAAUGUGGCUACUACGAGUGCAUGGGGUGGAGCAAUAGAACUUCAGGUACUCUCAAAAGUUCUCAAAUGUCCAAUCGAAGUGAUUCAGGCAACGGGAGUGCCCUACAUUGUUGGAUCCGAGUUCGAGACCAGUCGAAAAGUCACAGUGACGUAUCACCGCCACAUGUAUGAACUAGGAGCUCACUACAACUCUGUAACUAAAUUUGUCAAGGAUGAAGAAAGCUGAUGAGCCGACACGUGAAUUCAUCAGUGAACUAAUGAAGCUGGAUGAGUCCCGAGAGAAAAAAUAAUUAGUAGAUAAAAUUUCAAGUUUAUUCGCGAUCUCAUUGUCAGGAUUGGAGGUGUCAAGAGACCUUUUGAGCCAAAAAUAAAGCAAUUGGACUCAUCUACCUUCUCGACUCCUGCGAAUAAUCUUUUGCAAUUAUGAAUAACUAUAAACUGCUCUCGUACAUCACUACUGCCACUCAAAACUCACAUGCAAGGUGCAUUCUAAGUCAACGAUCAUGCAGGGCGUUCCAUAGAAUAUGACCAAAUUAGAUUAAAAAAUGGAAUAGGA